CCAUCUUUCUUCUUCGCUCUCGCUCUCUCUGCCAUUGAAUCAGAUAGUCGGCGGUGAAUUCGCUCCGGCGCCCAACGCAUCGACGAUUUCAUAUCAAAUGCAACUUGCUAAAGCUUAACGUGCUCUUCAUCUAAAAGACGCAGUCAAAGCUAGACCGUCUUCUUCUCCUCGCAAGCUUCUCCGGCGACUCUCUCCGGUGGCCUUACUGAGAGAAAACGCGCUUCCAAUCACCUCUCAUACCCAUUGAAAAACGUCGUGUUAGCUUUUUCUCUAUCUCUGUCUAAACUCUCGAUUGUAAAAUCUCUCCGAACUCGUUCUCUCUCUUCCUUCGAAUUCUGAGCUCCGAUCGUGUUGUUACAAGACCUUGGUAGUUCCUGAUCCCAUCGAUCUCUACGCUAAAAUCAGAGUUGAAAUCUCGAAGACGAAGUGCACGAUGUUAGAUCUUAAUCUGAAUGUGGUCUUGGCCGAUUCGACUGCGGGUGAAGACUCGGUGAAUUUCCUCGAGAAGUUCACAGAAGGUUCUGCCGGGAACCAACUGGACGAAUCGGGGACCUCAAACUCUUCGAUCGUCAAUGCCGACGUGUGCGAAGACGACUCGUGCUCCACACGCGCCACCGGGGAACUGUUCACCUUCAACUUCGAUAUAUUAAAAGUCGGAGGCGAGAAAGACGUCGUCACCAAGGAGCUCUUCCCUGUAAGCGGAGGAGCGAACGGGGAUUUUCCAAAUUGGCAGGGUCAAUCUUCGUCCUCUUCUUCUUCAGCAAAGAAGAACCGGAUCGACCUAUCGUUCGAUCAGGGUGGUGGGUUCGGUGAGGUGAGAGUGGUUCAGCAACAGCAACAGCAACAGGUGAAGAAGAGUAGGAGAGGACCUCGGUCUCGGAGCUCGCAGUACAGAGGAGUCACGUUCUAUAGGAGGACUGGGAGAUGGGAAUCCCAUAUUUGGGACUGUGGGAAGCAAGUGUAUUUGGGUGGAUUCGACACUGCUCAUGCUGCAGCUAGGGCCUAUGAUCGUGCUGCUAUUAAGUUUAGGGGAGUUGAUGCCGACAUCAAUUUUAAUCUCAGUGAUUAUGAGGAUGAUCUGAAACAGAUGAAGAAUCUGACCAAGGAGGAAUUUGUGCACAUACUAAGGCGGCAGAGCACCGGGUUCUCGAGGGGGAGCUCAAAAUAUCGAGGAGUGACACUACACAAAUGUGGCCGAUGGGAAGCUCGAAUGGGGCAGCUCCUUGGGAAAAAGUAUAUAUAUCUUGGGCUGUUCGACAGCGAAGUAGAGGCUGCAAGGGCUUAUGACAAGGCAGCUAUCAAAUGUAAUGGAAGGGAGGCAGUCACCAACUUUGAACCGAGUACUUAUGAAGGGGAGAUGAUAUCUGAGGCCAGUAAUGCAGGUGGCAACCACAAUCUUGAUCUGAAUUUGGGGAUAUCUCCUCCUUCACCUGGCAACGGUUCAAAGGAGAAUGAAGGUUGUCUUCAGUUCCACUCCGGCACUUAUGACGCUCACAGUCAAAGGACAUCAAAGAUGGAGAACCAUGUGCAUGCAACAUUAACUGGUCCACAUUUCAAAGGUCUACUAAUGACAUCAGAGCGUUCACCCUCAUGGAAUGGUCUAUAUCCUAGCUGCAUUCCUAAUGAGGAAAGAGCAACCGACAAGAGAACUGCAUUAGGUUCUCCACAUGGACUCCUCAAUUGGGAAUGGCAAAUGCAUGGCCAAGUCAGUGCUACCCCAAUGCCAUUGUUCUCUACUGCAGCAUCAUCAGGAUUCUCAUUUUUGGCCAAUUCUCCCUCCGCUGCUAUUCUUCCAUCAAAAACUCCCAAUACAAUGCCUCAAAAUAUCUGCUUUGCUCCAUCAGCCACACAGCUGCCGCCAACUCCAAACAAGUUUUUUACCAGAUGAAGCCACCACAGGCACCGCCGUAGCCAGUUUCCCUCUAUCUCAAGAGGAAAAUAAAACAGUUGUGGUCUUCAAAAUUCUUUGUAUAUUUUAAAUGCUUUUGUGACAAUUGACAAAUGCAAAGAAUAGACUUUUCCCGGCAUCUUGGAUAAACCAAUACGACAUUAUGUUGCUCAUAUAUGAAUCAAGAAAUGAUAAUUCCCUU